UAUAUCAUAGAAGAUGACAAGCGUUGACAUAAUCCGAAGCUAGUCAGCUGCUCACUCAUAGUCACUAGCUCCCCAUCUCUCUCUUCCCCCUUCAAUGGCGACGACCUCCACAACCUCACUUCCCCACCAACAAUGGCGACUAUGGCAACAACAACCCAGAAACUCCACAAUCCCCCUCUCUCUUUCCUCCUUCUCUCCCCGCCGCAGGCGCCGCCGCAUUACUCGCAAAAACCCCUUCAAAAGAGCCGACCCUUCUCACUCCUCCUCUUCCGAUCAGCAUAACAGGCUCCAAUUCGUCCUCGACGUCGAUCAAUUGAAAACUAGAACACCUCUUAAUCUUUGGGAAUCGAAGUUCAAUCAAUUCGUAUCGUCUGGAAUUGAAGCGUAUAAUGAUCUUCGAAACCUUAUAAUUGUCGAACCAGGGAGUAAUCGAAUCGUAGUGUCGUGUUCCGAGUCUACUAUUCGAUUUGUUGGUGGUUUUGUGAUUUGGAGUAUUGUUAGUGUUGUUUUUGUUAGGGUUUUGGUUGGUUUAGGGUUAGGGUUCAGGCGGAGGGUUGGGGUUAUGAAGGUGGAGGUUGUUAAGAGGAGGGAUAGGAGUUUAGGUGGUAGAGAAGUGGUGGUUGAGAGGAGAGUUGUUAAGGGAGGAGAGAGAAAGAGUGAUAUCGAGACGAAUGAGCGGGAUUUGGAGGUAAUGCCGAAGAGUUCGAUGCGUAAAGAGCAGAGGAAGUUGCCGAGUUGGUGGCCGGUUUUCGGUCCGAGACCUGCUUUGGUGUUAAAUAGGGAGGAGUUUAAGAGACAGGCCGACGAACUCGUUCAAGCAAUCAUGGAUGAUAAAUUGAGAGGAAAGGACGUCUCAGAGGAAGAUAUACUUGAACUGCAUAGGAUUUGUAGAAUGUCUGGAGUACAACUCUCAUUCGGAACGGAGAAUGCGCGGGAUUCUUUUUAUCGGUUAGCUGUGCACAAUGUCAUAAACACUUGUUGCAGGGCAAGAAGUCCUUCUGUUCAAAUUGAUGGUGAAGAUGCACGACUGUUUGUAGCUGGGCUUGCUUAUGAUGUAGGUCUCUCUGAUCCCCGAGCUGUAACAAUUGUUUCUGCUGCUGUUGCUGCUCAAACACGCCAAUGGUUUUUACAGGCUUGGGCCUUGGAGAUGCAAGCAAAACACUCAGAAGCGAUGGAGGAGUUAAAGAAGAUUUGUCUAAUUCACCAGAUAUUUCCACCAGAACCUUCCUCCCCCGAGAUGGAGAUGGUUGCUCGGGGUCUACAGAAACACUUGAAACUAGAGCACCGGGAAUUUCUGCUAACUAAUAUUGUCAGUGUUUGUGGUGAAGAGAGUCCAAGAAGUGCUGCAGAAGCCCUUGGUCUGGUCUGAUUCCGUUUCUUGCCUCUUUCUGGUGAAAGUCUCCUGAAAUCUUUUGCAGAAAGUUGGAUUAGAUAGCCAAAAAUUGAUGACCAUUGAUUGGAAAUCAAAUUUUCCUUAACUGGGUCAACAUCAAUUUAUUCUGGAUUUAUGUUACUAAUGUAAAUUAUGUAUUACAUUAGUAACAGUUUUUGUUUGAAAGUUUAUCCAAUUAGACUUGGUUUUUUGGUUUUUCCUGGACAGACAUGAGAAGAAAAUCAGUCUAAAUACAAAUUGUUACAUGCA